AUGCAGCUGGUCUUCUUCGACGACGCCUUGGAGCACCUCACGCGCAUCUGCCGGACGGUGGCGCUGCCGCAGGGCAACUGCCUGCUGGUCGGCGUCGGCGGCAGCGGGAAGAGCAGCCUGGCGCGGCUGGCGGCGUACGCGAUCGGGGCGCAGGUGUUUGAGAUCACCCUCACGCGCGGCUACGACGAGGCGGCGUUCCGCGAGGACCUCAAGCGCCUGUACGCGCUGCUGGGCGCCGACAACAAGCGCGUGGUGUUCCUCUUCACCGACGCCCACGUGGCCGAUGAGUCGUUCCUAGAGCUCGUCAACAACAUGCUUACCAGCGGCAUGGUCCCGGCGCUCUAUGAUGACGGCGAAAAGGACGCCCUCGCCUCCGGCUGCCGCGACGAAGUCGCCGCGCGCGGCCUGGACGACAGCCGCGAGGGCCUGUGGCGCUACUUCGUCCAGAAGUGCCGCGACAACCUGCACGUGGUGCUGGCGAUGAGCCCAGUCGGGGAGGCCCUGAGGACUCGGUGCAGGAACUUCCCUGGACUGGUCAACAACACCGUUAUUGACUGGUUUGAGCCCUGGCCAGAGCAGGCUCUGCACAGCGUCGCAACUGUGUUCUUGUCAGAGGAGGAUCUGCCGGCCGCCCUCAGGGCCGGGAUCGUGGAGCACAUGGUGGGCGUGCACCAGGGCGUCAGGCAGUUCAGCUCAAAGUUCGAGGCCCAGCUGCGGCGCCACAACUACGUCACACCAAAGAACUACCUGGACUACAUCUCCACGUACCGGCGCCUGCUGCAGGGCCAGCGCUGCAGUAACGAGGAGAUGGCCACCAGGCUGUCAGGUGGCCUGUCAAAGCUGGAGCAGGCUGCCACAGAGGUUGAUGCUCUGCAAAAGGAGCUCAGCCAGGCCCGCGUCGUGGUCAAGGGUGCUACUGAGGAGUGCAAUCAACUGCUCCAGGUGAUUGCCUCAAAUACAUCCGACGCCGAGACUCGCCAGAAGGCGGCACAAGAAAAGGAAGAGGCCUUGAAAGAGCAGUCGGCACAGAUUGCGGUCGAGAAAGUCGAGGCAGAGCAAGCGCUGUCGGAGGCGAUUCCUGCGUUGGAGGAGGCCGCCGCAGCACUCAACGACUUGAAGCGCGAUGACAUCACCGAGAUCAGGUCCUUCGCAAAGCCGCACAUCCUCGUGCAAAAGGUGUGCGAGUGUGUGGUGAUCCUGCGCAACCUGAAGGACGUGUCGUGGGCCGGCGCCAAGUCCAUGAUGGCUGACCCCUCCUUCCUCAAGUCCCUGGUGGACUUUGAUAAGGAUGGCCUCAGCGACAAGCAGGCAGGCAGCCGAUGGGGAGGGGUCAAGCGAGUCAAGGGUGAUUACAUGAAGGAUCCGGCCUUCACCCUCGACAACAUCAAGAAUAUCUCCACUGCAGGCGCAGGCCUGCUGAAAUGGGUGCUUGCCAUGGUCAACUACUUUGGCGUUGCGAGGGGCGUAGAGCCAAAGCGCAAGAAGGUAGCUGAGGCGGAGAAGAGCCUGCGCCUGGCGCAGAAGGACUUGAUAGAGACCAAGGAGCGCCUGGCGGAGCUGAACCGGCAGCUUGCGGCCCUGCGGGACCAGUUCUCCACAAAAACGGCAGAGCAGCUCGACCUCAAGGCAAAAGCAGAGGUCAUGGAGCGCCGCCUUAACGCGGCUGAGCGGCUUAUCUCGGGGCUGGGCAGCGAGCGGGCACGCUGGGGCGCUGACGUGGCGCAGCUCGCGGUCGCACGCGAAAAGCUGUCCAUGCUGCGCGACACCUGGGCCCCCGACGCCGCCAGCCGCGCCCUCCCCCUGACCGCGCCGCUGCGCCUGGAGGCGCUGCUGACGUCAGACGUGGAGGUGGCGCAGUGGGCAGGAGAGGGGCUGCCGGGGGACGAGCUCAGCGUGCAGAACGGCAUCCUCACAACGCGCGCCAACCGCUGGCCGCUGUGCAUCGACCCCCAGAUGCAAGCGGUGCGGUGGAUCAAGGCGCGCGAGGGCAAGGCCCUGGACAGCAAGGUCAAGACCUUCAACGACGCCGACUUCCUGAAGCAGCUGGAGCUGGCCGUGACCUACGGCAGCGCCUUCCUGUUUGAGGGCUGCGAUGAGUACAUCGACCCAGUGAUCGACCCGGUGCUGGAGAAGGCGCUCACGCCUGGGCUGGGCGGCAAGCUGACAAUCAAGCUGGGUGACAAGGAGGUGGACUGGGACCCCAACUUCCGCCUGUACCUCACCACCAAGCUCAGCAAUCCGCACUACGGCCCCGAGGUGGCGGGCAAGACCUCGAUCAUCAACUACGCCGUCACCCAGGACGGCCUGGCGCAGCAGCUCCUGGGGGUGGUGGUGGCGCACGAGCGGCCCGACCUGGAGAGCAGCCGCCAGGACCUCAUCCGCGAGAUGAGCGCCAAUAAGGGGCUGCUCUCAAAGCUGGAGGACACGCUGCUGCGGGAGCUCAGCAGCGCCACGGGCAACAUCCUGGACAACCAGGAGCUCCUCACCACCCUGGAGGGCGCCAAGUCCAAGGCCGUCGAGCUGGCCGACAAGCUCGAGACGGCCAAUUCCACCGCCGCAGAGAUCGACGACGCGCGCGUGCGCUACCGCCCCGUGGCGGCGCGCGGGGCGGCGCUGUUCUUCUGUAUGGCGGGGCUGGCGGCCGUGAACAACAUGUACGAGUACAGCCUGGCCGCGUUCCUCGGGGUCUUCAACCAGUCGCUGCGGUCCAGCAAGAAGGAGCACGCCCUGGAGGCGCGCCUGCGCUCGCUGUCGGAGCAGCUGACGGGCGAUGUGUACGCGUACGUGUGCACGGGGCUGUUCGAGGCGCACAAGCUUCUGUUCAGCUUCCAGCUGGCGGUCAAGGUGCUGGAGGGGGGGCCGGCGGCGCCAGACCCACAGUUCCUCGACUUCUUCUUCAAGGGCAACCUGUCCCUGGAGCGCCACAAGCGGCCCCGGCCCCACGACUGGGUGCCGGACCAGGGCUGGCAGGACGUGAUGGGCCUCACAGAGCUGGCCGCAACCAAGAAGGGCGAGGGCGGCAGCCCCCACCCCCUGGCGGGCCUGGCCGACGCGAUCGCGUCAGACGGCGCCUCCUGGCGCGACUGGUUCGAGCUCGAGGCCCCAGAGUCCGCGCACGCGCCCGGCGGGCUCGCCGCCGCGCUGGCGCCGUUCGAGCGGCUGCUGCUGCUGCGGUGCCUCCGCGUGGACCGGGUGACGGUGGGCGUCACCCGGUGGGUGAUGGGAGAGCUUGGAGAGCGGUACGUCACCCCGCCG